AUGUCAACGCCCUUCUUGCUAUGCCUCAAGGAUAUGGACCGUCUCGGUGCCUAUCUCAACAACGUCACGAACGAAUUGAUCUGCGGCGAUAAGAGGAUUCCGAUCAUCAAGGCAGACGCACCGCGCAGGUUCAAAUUCACGUUAAAGGAUAACUGCGAUUUCAACUACGAAUUGAUCGUCGAUAGACGUGAAGCACUCAAAUUGUGUUGGAUUGACACAUACCUAGGCCCUCCAGAUGUUAUCACGCACGACGCUGUGCCCGUCGAAGCCCACUGGUCAAUUGCAUCAGCUGAGUCGUUGCUUCAAAUGGCCUUCAAAUCCGUCAAUGAUACCGCCGGACCUGACGGUCUAGUGCCCACACUACUAGUCUUUGAGGUCACAGUUGAGCUGAACAACGGGCCAGCUAAAUUUCGCAGCACGGCUGUCCAGCCCUACUUUCGCCACCCGGAUUCGCAGCAGCAACGAAGUCACGAUGUUCUACAGCAGCCACACGCUGACAAUCAGACUGCUGACAAUCAGGCUGAUAGCAUCAACGUUGAGACCGAAGCAGGCGUCAUCGUGCCCGAACGAUACGAUAUGAAUAAGCAUGGAAAACACAGGCUAUUCAAGUCACGAAUGGUCCGGGAGGUCAAAGGAUAUGGUGACGACGAGCAGAUCAACGUCACGACCGCAGAGACCAACGCGGAUACCGCACUUCAGGUUAAUGCCUUCGGCGUUGCCGCGCUUCAGACUGAUGAUACGUUAUUGCCAAAGAAGACCCUACGAGAAGGCGAUACCUGUGAUUUCAACGGCAGCCUCAUUGCUCUAGAGAAGGGCUAUCUUCUAGUCAUGCAGAAAGGUCUAGAAGCAGCAAAGGUCUUCGUCUUCACAGACGGAUCAUUCGCCAACAACAAGGACUUAAGCUCUCAGAUCGGAUUCGUUAUAAUCAUUGCAACCGAGACUAACUCGACGAAGUGCAAGAGAGUCACCCGCAGCGUCUUGGCUUCUGAGAUAUAUGGAUUAGCUUCAGGCUUCGAUUUGGCAUAUGUGGUUGCAGGGACGAUCAACCAGAUUACAAGCCGCCUUGGAUUACCGCAAAUCCCGCUCGUUGCCUACGAACAACGCGAAAUCACCAACAUCCGCUGGAUCAACGGGCGGAUAACCCGGCCGAUGCAAUGA